UAUGGCUGCAAUGGAAUUGGAGGCAUUAUUCUAUAGAAAACGUAAUAUCGUUUAUGCCUUUGUACGUCAUCGUUUCUUUUUGAUGUGCAAACAAUCGUUGGUCCGUGUGCAAUCUCCGGAAGGCAUUAAACGUAUUGAAAUCUCACCGAAGGCAAAUCUAAAGGAUCUAUUCGAGUCGGUGCAGAAAGUCUUAAAAGUCGAUGGAUUUGGUCUGUUCAAGGAAAGGAAUCUAACCAAGGAGAUCUAUUCACAUACGUCACAAGAGGUGGGCAGUGUACUGAAACAUGGCGAUAUGAUAUAUUUGAAACAAAUGGCUGGUACCUCAUCAAGGCGUACCAGCACAACAGCCAUUGAUAAUUUUACCAGUGUUAAGGCCAUUGCAAAUUCUGCAGCAAAUAGUAGUGAUUUUAAACCCUCUGCCGCUAUACAAGAGGAUGAGGUUGAUAUUCUGCUGGCCAAGGAGGAUGGUCUAAUAAAACGUGAAAGGGAUAGCAAAUUAUGCCGACAUGCCGCCAAUGGCUGUUGUGUUCACUGCUCACCGCUCGAGCCGUACAAUGAAAAUUAUCUCAAGGAACAGAAAAUCAAACAUUUAUCCUUCAAUUCGUAUAUACGCAAACAAACAUCGGGCAUUGAUCGUGGCAAAUAUAUGGUCUUCGAAGAUAUUAAUUGUCGCAUUAAACCCGGCUGUCGUGAGCAUCCACCAUGGCCCAAGGGCAUUUGUUCGAAAUGUCAACCAUCGGCCAUUACAUUAAAUCGUCAAAUUUAUCGUCAUGUCGAUAAUGUGAUGUUCGAAAAUACCACCAUUGUAGAGAGGUUUCUAAAUUAUUGGCGUACAACUGGACACCAAAGAAUGGGGUUCCUGUAUGGUACCUAUGAAGUUAAUACCGAUGUACCGUUGGGUAUACGCGCCAAGGUGGCGGCUAUUUAUGAACCACCCCAGGAAUCAAGUCGGGAUUCAAUUAAAUUGCUAACCGAUGAAAAUGCCGAUGAUGUUGAAGAGGUGGCCAAGGCAUUGGGUUUGAAAAAGGUUGGUUGGAUUUUCACCGAUCUCAUUACCGAUGAUCCUGCUGCGGGUACUGUUAAACAAAUACGUGGCAUACAAACCCAUUUCCUCACAGCUCAGGAAUGCAUAAUGGCUGGGGAAUUACAAAAUCGUCAUCCAAAUCCAUGCAAAUACGCUUCGAAUGGUGUAUUUGGUUCGAAAUUUGUUACAGUUUGUGUAACCGGCGACAGCACUAAACAAGUCCACAUGGAGGGCUAUGCUGUAUCGGCUCAAUGUAUGGCCUUGGUGCGUGAUAAUUGCCUAUUACCCACCAAAGAUGCCCCUGAACUAGGCUAUGUACGAGAAUCGACUGAUAAACAAUAUGUUCCAGAUGUUUACUACAAGGUGAGUACAGGGGAGGCAUUAAAUUUGGAGGUGGUCGUUUAA